AGACCCUAUAGGACAUAGUGUCCGUAUAUAAGCCCCGGUGGUCUAGUAUUUUGACACAGAACACAGUACAGUGCCCCAGUGCUAUACAGUUCUUGGAUUAGAAUUUUCUGACGAAAAUGUUCACUAAGGUGUGUCUAACCCUCGCGGUGGCGACCGUGGCGUCGGCCGGCCUGCUGCCCGGAGGCCUGCUGGGCCACGGGUACGCGGGGCUGGCGGGCCCGGCCCUCGCCGGCCACGGGUUUGCCGCCCCUGGCUUCGGGCUCAGCUAUGGAUACGGUCACGCAGGGUUGGUAGCUGCGGCUCCCGUCGCUCACGCGGUCGCCCCAGCUGACAUUUACGCGCACCCCCGCUACACGUUCAACUACGGGGUCGCCGACGGCUACACCGGCGACCAGAAGAGCCAAUGGGAGAGCCGCGACGGAGACGUGGUGAAGGGACAGUACUCGCUGGUCGAGCCUGAUGGCACCGUGCGCACUGUCAACUACUCCGCUGACGACCACAAUGGAUUCAACGCAGUAGUGAGCCGGGCCGGCCACGCGGCGCACCCCGCGCCCGCCCCCAUCGUCAAGUCGGUGGUUGCCGCCCCCUACAGCCACGGACACCUCUACGGCUAACUCACCGCCACCACCUCGACGACACCUAUUUAUUACUCACAAUACUUAGCUUAAGAACGGACGGAUGGACAACGCUAUAAGAGUAUAAGUAGUUCGAAGAAGUGAAGCACGGCGUUUCAUAAGGUGUAUUUCCACUCGGGACUUCAAGGCCCAAAUAAGUUAGACCUCUGACUUCUCACUGCUGUAAAACGCUUCCGUUUGGAGGCUAACUUUUGUAUUAUAAUUUUCUGAUAGUAUGUAAGUCUUGUCUCACUUGAUUUUCCAAACUUGUUGUAUUAGUUUAGUAAAAACGCCUCGUAUUGUGUAUUGAAUACAUUUUGUGAAACGUUUGUUACGACGCUGCCGGAUUGAAGAGUUGCUUUUUGUGACUGAACGAAGUUAAAUAAUAUAGAA